GUUUUGUUUAUAUGAAUAUUGAAAUGGUUGAUAACAAAACUUUCAACCGAAGUUAUGAGAGGACAAUCAAGGAUGUAUGCCAAGUCAUCCAUCAUGCAAAAUUGGAAGAAAAAGACUUGAGACCUUUGACUCAGGUGUUGUACUUUGCUGAAGAAUUUCCUGAUUAUAAAAUUCUUGAAUUGGACAAAGAAGUUUUUAAGUGUUUAAAGGAGUCUGGAAAAUUGGUCUUUAGAGGACAAAAAACAGAUAAAGCAGUACUUUGCACUAAUAAUAAAACUUUCGACAUUAAGGAAGCAGAAACUUCCAACUCAAUGUUACUUGUUCCCAAUCUGAAGUUUGCUGAAGAUGUACCUGUUGAAUUAGGUGAUAGAGAUAUUGAAGAGAAAGAGAUUGUAGGGGUUUAUCAUGAAUACUUUGAGUUAAAACAAAUCAGGCCUCGUCUCUUGCCUUUAAGAAACUUUCUCAAGAUGAAACCUUAUAAAGGUAUUGAACUUGAAGAGGAAGACCAAUCUGGUGAAGGAUAUUUUAGUACCGAAAAGCUAUUAGAGGUUGUACAAGCUAGUGAAGAAGAACUUGUUGAUGCUUUACGUGAUGUCCAAGCGUUUUCUGUAAAUGAUAAAUGGCGAAUAUUGGAUAAUGAUUACCACUUCAGAGUAUUAAGCCAAUUUUUAGGUUUAGUUGAAUCUAAUAGUUGGCCUCUAGAUCAAGUACCUAUUGGUGAAAGUCUUUCUGAGCUAUCUGCACUGUUUCCGGAUUAUGUAUUACAUCACAUUUUUCAAAUAUAUCUUGAACCGUCUGGUGAUUAUACUGAUACUGGUGAUGAACUGUUUAGGCUGGUUGACUACAAAGUUUGUCGUUUUCUUGGCAGUUAUCUGUUAAGACCAGUGGAGAAAUUUAAUUUAAAUGAUUUUCUUAGAACUUGGCAAGAUAGUGUACCUGAAGGAAUGAUAACCUCUCUUGAACAGCUCGGUGGUUUAGCUGUUUUGACCCCUGAUUCGAGACCGCCAGCCAUUUGGCUUCUUGAUGAAGAAGAUCUGCCUGAAGAUUUUCAAGAAAGAUUUACCAUUCUUUUUUCUGCCAAAGAAAGCUGGACUUAUGAUGAAAUACAGCCAUAUAUUAAGAGGUUAGCUACGGAGAAGCAGUCUGUAAAUUCAAUACUCACAAAAUACUCCAGAACUUCGAAUGUUAACGGAGUAAGAUACCAUAGUGCAAGGCACGGAAAAUAAGAUUGUUAAAUUUUUUAAAUUUUAUUAUGUUAUAAUAUUGUUCCACAUUGUGUAUUACUUUGUUUAUUAGCUAUUGUUUGUAUGUAAUUUUAUUUUAAUAACAGUUGAUUU